AUAUUUAAACAAUCAUGAAUAAUUACGCCAAAUCUGCAAUGUGCUGUUUUCGUUGGCCUGACGUCACUUUGUGGUGGGCGUGGUCAAGCUUCAACAAGCGAUCGCAACAACAACCACAUGAAAAAAUGGCACCUAACCCAAAGAAGUCAGGAAAACUGAAGAGAAAACAGCAAGAUGAAGGAGAGCAUAAAGGAAGAAAAGGCCUGAAGACGAAUCAGUGGAGAGAAGACCAAAUGAAAGCUGCAAUAGAGGAAUAUAAAGAGCAGGUCGACUCUGGGAGGCCUGCGCUGCGAUUGCUCGCAAGGAAGUGGAACGUGCCAAAAACAACCCUUCAAAGACGCGUGAAAGGGCUUGUUGAGGGAUCAGAGCAUGCAUCUGGAAGAAAGCCAUUCAUCCCUGUUGAAUCUGAGCAGGAGUUAGUGCAUCUUCUCACCUUGCUUUCACAGAGAGGCUUCCCGUUAAGGAGGACUGAUGUUCAGUCUCUUGCUUUUGAGUUUGCCAAGAUAAAGGGCUUCCGUGGGUUUUCAGAAGAGAAGCAAAAGGCGGGCUAUCACUGGUACAAGGGCUUUAUAAAGCGAAACCCAGAGCUGAAAAUAAAGAAACCAGGGCCCAUAUCACCAGUGACAAAGAUGAAUGAAGAAGGGCUGGGGAAGUGGUUGAAAACAAAAAUGGCACCUAACCCAAAGAAGUCAGGAAAACUGCAGACAAAACAGCAAGAUGAAGGAGAGCAUAAAGGAAGAAAAGGUCUGAAGAUGAAUCAGUGGAGAGAAGACCAAAUGAAAGCUGCAAUAGAGGAAUAUAAAGAGCAGGUCGAGUCAGGGAGGCCUGCGCUGCGAUUGCUCGCAAGGAAGUGGAACGUGCCAAAAACAACCCUUCAAAGACGCGUGAAAGGCCUUGUUGAGGGAUCAGAGCAUGCAUCUGGAAGAAAGCCAUUCAUCCCUGUUGAAUCUGAGCAGGAGUUAGUGCAUCUUCUCACCUUGCUUUCACAGAGAGGCUUCCCGUUGAGGAGGACUGAUGUUCAGUCUCUUGCUUUUGAGUUUGCCAAGAUAAAGGGCUUCCGUGGGUUUUCAGAAGAGAAGCAAAAGGCGGGCUAUCACUGGUACGAGGGCUUUAUAAAGCGAAACCCAGAGCUGAAGAUAAAGAAAUCAGGGGCCAUAUCUCCAGCGACAAAGAUGAAUGAAGAAGGCCUGGGGAAAUGGUUUAAAAUGUAUGAAAUCACCCUUGAUGCCUUGGGAAUUAAAGACGUCCCCUCACGUAUUUGGAAGUGUGAUUUAUCAGGACUAAAAGAUGACAUCUCCUCUCAACAAAAUGUCAGGGAAGGAGAAGAGCCCUGCUUUCAGUUUGAAGCUGAGGAGGAAGAGGAAACUGCCACCACGGUACUAUCAGCAUUCAAUGCCAGUGGUACAUUUGCUCCUCCGCUUCUCAUUUUAAAAGAUAAUGGGGUGAGAAGUAAGUGGUUGAACGAAUCCAUGGAAAACGUUUGCAUUAGAGCGUCGAAUGAUGGCUGGAUAACAGCAGAACUUUUUGUUGAGUGGGGCGAAAUGUUUGUGGCACAGCUCCCAAAAGAUGACGCCAGACCCCACCUUCUGCUCCUCGAUGGCCAAAGCAGUCACGUGUUCAACCUUGGCUUUUUCAAUCUAAUGAAACAGAACAACGUGGAAGUCAUAUGCUAUCCUGCACUGCAACUGGAAAACAGAGCUCUGUUUAGGAGUCUCAAACACAACUGGUGUGAAGUGAGUCGCAAGUGGAACCAGCAAUAUGCAAGCACGAAGUUACCCAAAGCACAUUAUUGUUCUGUUUUUAUGGAAGCAUGGAAGACAACUGCAACAGUGGAAAGAGCCCAGGAUGGGUUCAGAACAACGGGGAUGUUCCCAUUGAAUGAGUUGGCCUUCAUUGAGCACGAGCCUCCUCCUGCCAACCCAUCCCGUUUGGAAAGUCACACGCCGCCCACUGAAGACACUGCACGUUGCAGCACAGAAAGCGGCUCAGCUGUUGAAGUGACAUCAUUCGAAGACUUUGUGGUCAUUCAAAAAUGUAGCAGGGGUACGAAGACGCCCAGAGCCAAGACAAUACCACAUUUCCACAAAGACACAGAACACAUUCUUUCUAAUGAACAUUUAAAACAAAAAACAUUUAAAACCACUUCCUGCGGGGGCUGCCUCAUAAAACACGGCGCAGAUGAUGAUCCGAAAGCUUCUGAAGCAUGGAUCCGAUGUAGCAACUGUAAGGCCUGCUACCAUGAGUCUUGUGUAGACGAGGAUGGGAUAUAUGAAUGGGUUUAUGAUGUAGAUGGUGAUGAUCAAUAAACUGACGCAUGGAAACCGAGCACGAUUUUAGAACAUCGUGUGGUAUUAAAAUAAAACUCUUGUCCAGUGAAAAUUAGAUAGGCCUAUGCUUUUAAGACAUUAUGACCCAUUGAAUGGACUGUGUCACAGCCUUGUUUUCAUUUGUAUAUAACUAAAUAAAUUUAAUUGAAUAAGUGUUGUACUAGUAUUUGCAAACCUUCUUC